AUGAAGAAUCUCCUCACAUCCUAUCCACGGACCAUUCGCCGUGUGUUGCUCCGCCAUCGCAUUAUUCGAACUAUACUCCUCGGGUUCAUACUAUGGAAUCUAGCCGAGCUCCACCUAACUCUACGGCUGGUCUCCCAAUCCGACACAAUCUAUCAGGAUCGACCUCAUCGGACGGAAAGAAUCUACAUUGCGAUGGUCAACUGGAACAAUGAAUACAUUCUUCGAAGCCACCUGAGUAAAGCCAUUACCGAGCUCUCCUGGAAACUGGGUCCGGAGAACAUCUACAUCAGCAUCUACGAAAGCGGAAGCUAUGAUAACACCAAGGGUGCUCUGGUGGAGCUCGAUGCGGAACUUGAGCAACUGAAAGUGCCCCGAAAUAUUACCCUCUCCUACGUGAGCCACGCGGAUGAGAUUGCCGCGCCUCCAGAUGGUGAAGGCUGGGUUGUCACACCCCGGGGGAAGAAAGAACUGAGACGAAUUCCAUAUCUGUCGCGCGUACGGAACCAUAGUCUUGAAUCGCUGCGCAGGCUCGCAAAACAGGGGACUCAUUUCGAUAAGAUAUUGUUCUUGAACGACGUCGUCUUUACGUCCAAUGAUGUCUUGGAGCUUCUGAAUACCAAUCACGGAGACUACGCCGCCGCAUGCUCACUGGACUUUUCCAAACCUCCGUUUUAUUACGAUACAUUUGCGCUCCGCGACUCUCACGGCCACGAGGCUGUUACUCCAAUUUGGCCCUUCUUCCGAGAUGCGUCUUCACGCCACGCAAUGAAAAAGCUGCUCCCGGUACCGGUAAAAAGCUGCUGGAAUGGCAUGGGUAUCUUUCACCAUUCCUCUUUUGAAAAGGAACUCGUCCAAAUCUCCAAGUGCUCCGCUAAUCAUGGGGUUGUAGUUGCCAUGCCUGCAGCACCUUUCUUCGCCAGCCCGCCUCUUCGUUUCCGCGGUAUCCCCGACUCUCUAGCGUCUCAUCAUCUCGAGGGAUCGGAAUGCUGUCUGAUUCACGCAGACAAUCCACUGUCUAGAGACCAUGGAGUCUACUUGAACCCCCGCGUGCGCGUCGGGUACACAACCGCAGCAUAUGUCGCCGUGAACCCGACACUGAAUUGGCUGACGCCGCGGGCAGUGCUACAAGGACUGUGGUGGAAUAGAAUCAGUCGCUGGACCAAUUUUGCAUAUUUCAAAGAGAGGCCAAUUUCAAGGAAGAUUACGCAGUGGGCGAGUUUGUCUGCAGAUCGGCAGGAAGCGGGUGGUUUUUGCGUCGUCGAUGAGAUGCAGAUUCUUGAUCCGCGUGGGUGGUAUCAUGUAUAG